AUGGAGGAUAUUCAACCAGGCACGAAGAGCCUCACCAGCCGUGCGGCUUUUGACGAUUACAUUGCGGGAUUCAAUUCGGACGAUUACUCUCGAUAUUGCGCAUAUUAUAGCAAGGACAUCGUGAUGGAUCUCAAGUCUCUCGAAGAUAAAACUCUAAGUGGCUACUUGAAUUGGAUUAAGCCUCUUCAUGCCAGCGUGUCGGAGGAGCUGAGGCCUAAGAAGGUUGCCAUAGAUGUUGACAAAAAGUACGUGGCGGUCGACGUUGACGUGCAGUUCCUGGGGCGUGAUGGCUUCAAAACGGAAAACUUUGCGGGAAAAUGGGGUCAUGUGUAUCCGGGCGCAGGCCCUCUUGUGCACAUGAGCAUCUGGUAUCAUUUGGAUCCUGAAGGUCAUAUUUAUCGGCUGGAAAGCACCCAAAGCUACGUCUUGGAAUGGGCGCAACCUCCGCAGGGGAAUUAG